UGAAAACGGGUCCCAGUUUUGCUGAUGCUGCUGUUGGAAGAAUUGCUCAAGGAACAAAAGUUCUUGCAGAAGGUGGGUAUGAGAAGGUCUUUCGACAAACAUUUGAGACUGUUCCUGAGGAGAAACUGUUAAAUUCAUAUGCCUGCUACCUAUCCACUUCUGCGGGUCCAGUUAUGGGAACACUAUAUGUGUCUACUGCAAAACUAGCAUUUUGCAGUGACAAUCCUCUUUCCUACAAAGUUGGUGAUCAGACCCAAUGGAGCUAUUAUAAGGUGGUUAUCCCAUUGCAUCAGCUGAAAGCAGUUAAUCAUUCAACAAGCAAAGUCAAGCCAGCUGAAAAAUACAUUCAAUUAAUCUCUGUUGACAAUCAUGAGUUUUGGUUCAUGGGCUUUGUAAACUAUGAAAGUGCUGUCAAAAAUCUGAAAGGCAUGCUGGAGGGACACAGCUUGUAAUCUACAUGGGGAAAAAUUUCCACCGUGUCAUGAAACGUGAGUCAUGUUGCCAUCAAAUUGAUGUAGAUAAAUUGUGUGUCGAAAUUAGGAUAUUUUGAUAUAUGUUAUAUUUGAUACUCUUGUUUGAUACAGCUGGUGGACGUUGUGUACUUGUUACACUUUUGGGUUGUCUUUGGAUCUUGGAUUAUAAGAGAGAUUUGUAGAAGGGAAAAAAAAAGUUUCUAUUUCAUUCCCUUCACGCUUCCAUUUUUCUUUCCAUCCAUAAAUCAGUCUAAUCAAGAAGACAACCUUAGGAUAAUUUGUUAAUGC